ACACAUUCACAAGGGAAAUGUUUGUUUUUUAACAAUUGAUGAAUUUUUGGAGGAGGGCUGGCCUACUUACAGCAUGUUAGAAGGGUGGUGUACACAAGGCCAGCAGGAUAAUUUCCGUUCCGUCCGUUUGUGUGUUUGCUGAAUGAAGGAAACCAGGAACAAUGUGGGUUUCUCGUGCAAUAUCCUGGUAGUUAAAAUUGGAAGAAUUUUAUUAUACCGAGAUUUUGAUCAGGUGUGUAACAGGACAUUGAUCCAAUACAUUGGUCAUUGAUCCAAAAUGCAAAAAUCAGUGGAAUAACUAUUUUUUAAAUGCACUUUUAUUUUAAAAUUUCUUUAUUUUGAAUUUCCGUCGAUGUGCCGUUUUCCACCAAAUGUGUUAAAUGAAGUAGCUAGAGGCAUCAUGGCGAGCAGUGAGAAAACAGUCUGUGAAGAAAUUUUCUCUCCCAUGGGAAAUAUUUGUGUUGUAAUAUAAUUUCCCGUUGAUCGUGGAUCCUACAUCGUAUCAAAUCAAAGUGAUAGUGUGACAGAAUUUGAGAUAUCGCCAAACAUUAAAUAUGUUACACGAAAUAAUAGCAUGAUCACACUAGUGAUGUACACCCCUCAUGCUUACUGAGUAAGCUAGCUGUAAUUUUCUGAGAUUUUUAUUUCUUAAUUUGACUUCUUUAUGUCCUUAUUAGUCAAAAAAUAUAAUAAACAUGUAUUAUUUGUGGUACAUUGUGUGUUUCUAACUAAAACAGUUAAAGCCAUACAGUAAACCCACUGAAACAGAAUAGUCCUUCCAGAUAUGAAGCGAUAAAGCUCCAUGCACUGCAGACUUCCAUUUCUUUGCCCUUUGACCCAUCACCUUUUCAUUCCCGCUCCUCUCUGAAUCAUCAUGACAGACUGAACUCUUACAAUGCAAAGGUGAGGCCAAAAUGCGAAUGGGCUGAGGCGAGCGAGCUGCGCUGGGGGGUUCUGAGACAGAGAGAUAUGCACGGGUGGCCAGAGCAAAUUUUUCCACCCAGUGCUGGAGUUGGGUUGACAGCCAUCAUGUGGGUAUCAGGGACAACAGACUGAGGGAGGACUGCGUGCAAGUCUGGCCUUUUGCAACAAUCCUCCCCAGUGCUGUGCAAUCACUCAGAGCAUCUACUGGAGUGACAGUUCAGUAAAUUUCCACUGUUUUAGGGCUGAGGCCCCAGCUGUCAGGCUGGAGCAGCAGGGAUGUGCUCGAUGGAGUUGAAAUGACUCUAGGAGAGAGUGGGGAGUUUGGUAUUGCCUUUCAGACAUUCGGAAAGAUGCUGCAGCUUUGUGGCUUAAGGGGAAGAACAGUUCCCUACCUUUGUUUCUUGUUCUGUAUCUGUGUCUUGUUGGUUCAAGAGAUCAAGAGAAUGAUACCCUCUGUGAUGCUGGCAGACAAAAAAAAAAGACUGAAUCUCAGCUGAAGAGAUGUAAUACAUGAUGACUUUAGUCUCAUGUAUGUGAAUCUAUAGACACGACUGAAUAAAUGGCUUCCUAGUUGGUGAUUAUUUAAAUUAUAACAUGUUUGUUAUGAUCAUACCAACGAUGCACAUCUAAUCUUAAGCUUUUUUUUUUUUACUAUUUUUUGCAGGGAGGUUAUAAAAUAUUGAACAAAAAAGGGAAAAAAUACAAAAAAAUAUAUAAAAGUAUGUUAAUAUUGUGAUAAAUAACAAGAAAAAUUAAUGGGAUAAAAAGUAUAAUAGGGAGGUGGAAAGUUUGACUAGUAGAAGCUUUGAUGUUCCACUUGAGAGUAAAUCUGUAAGGCUUGUCACCACAAUUCAGACAUUGAUUCUGUUUGCUUCAAAGCCAGACAGAACAUGGAGAAAAAAUGUAUAAAUAAAAAUAAAUUUUAUAUUUUAAAAACAGAAAUACAGCAAACCUCCCCACCUAAGAAAUGGUUUGAUCCUGCUCACCCUUCUCCUUUGAGCGCUCUCUGCUUUUCUGAAUGGCUGAUAUGCUGCAGUUAGUAGUUAGUUUCUGUUGAGAUUGUGAGGUUACCAAGAUUAUAUUUGUAAAAGUUACAUUAAUAAUAUCCCAAUAACACACCCAACACUAUAAUCCAAACUCUGUAUAUGAGAUAUGUCUGUAUAAUGUUUGUAGUUAAUCUUGUGUGUAUGGCAAGGGGGCCCUCAAGUAAAAAAGGCUGGGAACCAUAGACUCUUCAAACCUGGACCAAAUUAUUCUUCACUGAUAGCAGAUUCUCUGUACAAUGCACAAAAUAAGGAUAUUUAUCUUGCCUGGCUGGGCAGCUCUCUGGGUGCUCAGCCCCCCUAAACCUCUGAUGCUAGAAUCGCCACUGGUCUCUUAUUUUCUAUCAUGACUUAGGAUCAGAAUCAGAAGGUUCUGGUCCAAAUAGAUUGGAGAAUCCUCCCAGCUGGGAGUGAGUGAAAGAGACUGUGUCCAGGGUGACACACGGGUCUGCUGUGAUCCGAACUGCAUGCCUCACCUGGAGGUGUACCGGUCCUGUAUAGAGGGGAGUUUGCAGCCAAGGCCUUCUCAGCAAAGCCUAUAACACACUGCAGUCUCUUCACGUCCCUGAUGGUGCUCCAGCAUACCACACAGUGAUUGAAGAGGUGAUAAUGAACUUGAUGACUGUGGUGUAGAACUGCCUCAUCCACUGUACAGGUAGGUUGAAUUUCUUCCGCUGCCUCAGGAAAUUCAUCCUCUGCUGGGCCUUUUUCAUGAUGGAAGUGAUGGUGGGCUCCCAUUUGAGGUCCUGGGUGAUGGUGGUGCCCAGGAACUGACAUGAGUCCACCAUUGGGAUGGGAGUGUCAGACAGGAUUAUGAGCGGGAGUGGGGCUGUGUGCUUCCUAAAGUCUACAACAACCUCCGCUGUCUUCUGGGUAUUUAGCACCAGGUUGUUGUGGCUGCACCAAGACACCAGUCGUUCCACCUCCAUUCUGUAGGCAGACUCAUCCCCAUCAGAGAUGAGUCUGAUGACGGUGGUGUCAUCUGCAAACUUGAUAAGCUUGACAGACUCAUGGUUGGAGGUGCAGCCGUUGGUGUACGGGGAGAACAGCAGAGCACACAACCCUGAGAGGAAUCGGUGCUGAUGGUUCGCAGGCUUGAGACAUUUUUCCCCAGCCUCACUUGCUGCUUCCUGUCUGUCAGGAAGUCAGGAUGAUGAAUGAAAAUGCAUCAGACCCUCUUAGUCAGUGAGAGGAUUUUAUAUUUAUGCACUUCCCAGUCCCUACGAACCAAACCAUCCACAGGGUGUGUGCAUGCUUGUGGAUGAUGAUCAUCGUUGUCAUGGAAUUUCUUUUAGAAAGAUAAUAACGCAGUGAGAAAGCAGUCCAUGAUUCAAUCAAAAGGGUUUAAUUUCAAUAUUGUAUUCAAUUUCUCUAUUACACCAUCAACGUGUUAGAAAGACGAGGUGAUUGGACACAAGUGAUCCAGACAGUGAGCAUUUUCUACUAAGAUAAAUACUUUUGCUCUGUCGUUACCAUGCAAUCACAAUUAGUGGAUUUGCAUCCAAUCAAAACUGAUGAACUAUGUCAGUAACCUUUCCGCCUUGCCCAGUUUCCAGAUACAAUAUCAAACAGCAUGUCGACCUUUUGGCAGUGACAUACACGAAGUGGAAUGAGCGUAGUAGUGCUGCAUUUCCAUUACAGAGAGUCUUCUGUGUGAAUGGUUAGCAUCCUUGGCUGACAGUCCAGCUCUUCUUUCCUGAGGAUGGAAAUGAAGCCCGCGAGUGAUAGAACCUCCUGGCUGUUACUGGUAAUGGGCCAAAGGUUAGCGCAGGAAAACCGGCGUUUAAUUUCAGAUGGUGGUCUGAACUGAAUGUUGGUUCUAUGAAACUUGACACAGAGAGCAGAACGUGUGUGAAUGUAAGAUGAACGAUUAACAAACUCAAGCUGCUUUGGAUUCACAAAAUAACUCAAGACUUUAGGGUUUGAUGUAUUUGACAGCAUUUUCCAGGUAGUAGUGUGUUUGUGUGGGUGUGUGAUCAUACUUUGAUGUGAGAGAUAGCAAGGCUCCCCCAGGCGCAGCUCCUCUUGGCACUGCUUUCGUGAUCCAGUCAUGACAGGGAAACAUGACACUCGGGAGGAUACUCCACUGCCCGGCAGCUUGGGGAGAGUAACAAGGCUUCACAAACAUCCAGCCAGGGUCUCCAGAGAGAUAUUCUUUUUAAACACACUGAGCUUCACACACUCCUGCUCAUCAUGAAGCUUGCACACACAACUACACAAAACUAAACACCAAGAAAAAAAAAAGAUAUAGGUAUAUGCGCACCAGGAUUGUGUUAAUGGACACUCCCAUUGCUGAGCGGACAGUGAGAUGAUUGGCACACAGAAAACAUUACAGCAGCACCUUCAGGCAUAUGGCACGUAGACCCACUGAUGGGCACACACAUAUGGUGCGGGUGGCUUCUGCAGCUUCGCAUUGGGAGGAAAUCAGUGUGCUCGCCUUUGAUCAGACUCCAGCACACAAAGUACAAGCUAGAAAAAAAUAAAAAGCUGAUAAAUCUCUAUUUGGGUUGCACCGAUUUGACUCAUUAUUCAACAAUGAAUUUAAAAUAAAAGGCAGUGCAUUUUCCAGCUUUUCCUUUGUUUAUUUGAACACAAUUUCACAAACGCUACAUUAAUCCUCCUUUUCCUUCAUGCAUCGUGAUCAUCCCUUGGACAGUGAAAAGCAGAAUUAGGUGUUGUUUUUAGGACAUGAACAAUGACUUACUAGCACAGAUACAUUUAAACUGUAAAAUGAACAUAAUUCAAGGUAUAUACGCUGCUUGAUUGAACUUUACCUUCGUCACGUUACUUCUUGCAGUGAAGUGCGAUGGUACACAGAGCGCUGUGAAAAGGAAUACACUCACUAUGAUGGUGCAACACCACGCUAUUGCUGUUUCCAACAGACCGUGAAAUUGUUUAUUCUUCUGCUGACAUUUCUGUGUAAAACAGAGAAAAAGGAGUUUUCUCUCUGUCGUCAUGCAGUCACCUCAAUCUUGUUCAAGCCUCAUUGAUUAUCGGAAACUUCUAAUCAAAAGAUGACUGUACUCGCUGUUGCCUUGGUACUCCACUGAAAGGACAGCAACAGCCAGGAGAUAUUGUUAGGAAACAUAGUGAUGUUCUUGAUUCAAGAGACUUUUUUUUUCAACCAUAUACUUCAUUAUUUUUGUUGUUUUUUUCACAUAAAUGCUCGUCAGUGUACAAGUUCUUUUGAAUCGCCUUCUUUCUGCAGCAGUCAUGAAAAUGAGAAAACAAAGCAUUUGUGUUACUCACAAUGCAGCUUGAAUCCUAAUCUUUAAAAACACAUUAAGCACACCCGCCACACGGAUGUUGAUACAAAUUGCUUUUCUUCUAGAGGGUAGAAUCAUGGCUGGGUGUUAAUCUGACUGAUUAAACACAUUGCACCCUUUCACAGUGGGACCACAUCGACAGAAAACACAACGUGAAUUGACUUUUCAGCACCACCCAAAUAUUACCGUAAGUAAUGCUGCUCCGCACCUUUCCCUGGAAUCAGUCAGCCAUUUCAGACUCCAGGACCCCACCUCUGAGCCUGGGGCAGCUAGCCUGGCAAGCCAGACUAAAUAAAUGUAUUAUUUAGUCUGGCAACGCUCCAUUGACGGCUCUCGGUUGUGGGGCGGGUUCUACCGUUGUCUUUCAAAUGAUCUCCGCAUGCUACUGGACAAUGAAUGUGGCAUACUCUUGUUUCACUCUGUUGCAUCAUCCCACCCACCAGGCAUAUAGAGUGCCCUGAUUGGCCCACAAAGCGGAUAAAGCUCUGUGAUUUGUUCACUAAGCAGAUGGAGCACUAUGAUUGGCCCACCAUUAUGGACCAAUCACAGCUCUUUAUGUGUUUGAAACCCCUCUAGAGAGCUGUGAUUGGCUAGCCAGAGUCCUGGUAGGAGCUGCAGAGGUUCCAAUGGAGCGUGCCUAGACCAAACUUUGCAAAGCAAGAAUUUGGUCUAGUUCAGUAGGCUAUGGGGCAGCUUUAACUCCCUGUGUGUGUAUCUCUGAGUAUGUGUUAACAGCUUAUUCUCUUUCAUUUCAAAUGUCUUUCUGCCCCUCAGUGGGGAAACCUUGCAAGGACAUUCUGGUCUGGUCUUCAGGAAACAUUUUAGGUAGGUUAUGGGUAGCUAACUGGGUCAAAACAUUUGUCUAAAGGCCUAUUUUGUUAACACAGAUGGAAGGUAUUAGAUUGAUUUAGGUGAUGGAGUAGAAAAACAUGGAGAAUAGUUGACGGUAUUGUGUGUGUAGGAAAAAGAGAUGGAGCAUCACCUCCAGUUUUUGCUGUUUGACUGAUGAUUAAUAAAAACAGAUCUACGUGUUUUUCUACACUUAUAGAUUUUAGUCCACUCCUCACGUAGUUUACCUCUCCUUCAAGCAAACUUGAUUGUGGUUCCACUUCCAUUCCUGGAAAUAUUCCAUCUUUAUUUUUGCCCCACAUGGUUUAGAAAAAAAUUCCCACCAGUCUCUUAUUUCCUAUCAGUUAAAGCAUUUGCUUUUCAGCUAAAAGCAGGUGUAUUACUUAAAUCUUUUAUUUUAACUUGAACGUUUCUGUCUUCCUCAGCCUUAUUUCUUUUCUUCCUGCAGGCAUUUACACGUCAUUUAGUGCAGACAAUGAAAUAUCCACAAUUAUAGCAUAAGAAUGAGAAAAGAGUGGGUUUUGAUACAAUUAUAAAUAACUGUUAGGUGUCAUAUACCAGUAACAUUCUUUAAGGGGUGUAGUUCUCAUUUUUGUGCUGGUAAAUUUUUACUAGAUUAUUUUUCACAGAAAAUGUUAGUUUGUGUGCCAUUUACAGGCCCCUGACCACUAGAGGGCAGUGGAGUACAAAUAAUACAUUCAAAUGAGGACACAAGGCUUAACAUCCACCCCGUUAUUUAAAAAUAGUUUUCGUUGAUGAAAGCACUGCACGUGACUGUAGCUGCUAAAGAAUUGGGAUGUAUUAAUAGAACAAUUUUUGAAUAAGAAGUAAGCUCGUUUAAAGAAAGUAGAAUAAAAUCCAUUAAAUUUCUUUAAGAAGCAUCAAUCAUGAUAAAAGUUGCAAGCAGGGCCUUUCAGUGUUACCUCAUAAACCCAAAGUGACCCAAACAGUCCAAGCCCCCCGGAUGCAGCGCUCACUUUGUUUUUGUUGCUGCGUGGGGACGCGCUGUUGUGCACACAGAGGUCAGAAAGGUCAGUGAGACGGAUGCUGCUGUAUUUGGUCAUGUUGCACCCGUGGGAGCAGCAGGAGACUCGAGACGAUGCUGCAGAUGAUAACUGUGUCAAACAAAGUGGUUUCAGAGACGUCAUGAAGAGUUCAAACGUUGACACAUGAACAGUUGUGUAAUUACUAACAAAUAAAAGUUGCAGCUCACUUAUUUUUUAUAAGAUUAUUAUUAAAUUUAAAUAGCUACGCUGCUAAAAUGGCUUCAAUAGUUUUUGUUUGUACUUUUAAAAUUUCUGAAGAUAAAUUCUCCAAUUUCUGCAAAUAAUUUGGUUUCAUUAGAAAUCAAAGAAUCAUUAAUCUAAUAAUUAUGAUUAUUGGUUUUAUUUUGCAAUUAUGGCUUAAUUGCUUAGCUAUUACUUUUAUUGUGUUAAUACUUUUCUGAAUGAUCUUUUUUUUUACUCUCUGUGUAAUUUAAAGUACUGUUUUCUGUGUUUUGAUGUGAUUUAUUAUUCUAAUUCUAAUGGUGUUACUUUUGCCCUGGCUGUGACUGUGUUCAUGGCCUUCUGCCUAGAAAAUAGUGGAAAAUGUCCAAUAGUCAUCCGCUUCAGAGUUCACUGUCCACCAGCCAACUCCAUAGUAGUAGUUUUAUUCUCAUCACUUGCUAAACGAUGAUGUCUCAAACAUAGCACACCUUGGCGCUGGCUUUUACUCUGUGGGAGGGGCUUAUGGUCUAACAGAGAGAAUGUGAGCUUACAGAUAUUUAAUGUUUACAAUGAAACUGUCCCUAUUUCUCACAGCUGUUCAGAAUUUUUCUAAUUUAGCCUAAUUCCCCACAAUUCCUGCAUGUCUAUUUGUACUCAGAAAAAAAGAUUUUCCUCCCAUUUUGAUUUGUUUGUUUAGCAUAUUUGCCCUGCUUUCUCUUUGCAUCCUUUUCUCCCUCCCAUCUCAAUCGCUCUUCUUACCUCUCCACGCUCCUUAUCCAUCCAUCCUGUCUUCCCCAAAGCCAGCCUAUUGGCCAUCGCCUAGCAACCACAUGAUAAUUUGGCAUAAUGUGACUCCCCCUGAUGCAUGAUGGGGGCUGUAAGUCAACUUGAUUCCCCCUUCUUUUAUUUCUGCUGGUGGCUAGUGCGCUUGUUUGUAAAGAAUAGAAAAAUGAAUGAAUGAAUGAAUGAAUGAACAUAUGUGUGUAUGAAUGAAUGAAUGAAUGAAUGAAUGAAUGAAUGGAUGGAUGGAUGGAUGGAUGGAUGGAUGGAUGGAUGGAUGAAUGAAUGAAUGGAUGAAUGAAUGAAUGAAUGGAGAGAGGGAGAGAAAAGGGGAAUUUCACGCUCUUGCUGUUACACAACUGGUGUCCGGCAGCUAAACCUGUCAUCUCUCCCUGGAGGGUUGUUCCCCUCUUUCUGUUGCAGCGGCAUCUAAUCGUCUCCUUUCUUAUUCUCAGCUUCUCACCACAUGGCUCCAAUUUGGUCCAUAUGUAGAUUUAGAGCAUGAACAAAUAAAGAGCAGACAGGCACGUGAAGAGGUAGCUUCCCUCCAUCGAGAGGACCCAGUUGCUCUUGAAUGUGCUCCUGACACGUAGGAGCACAAAGAUGGCUGCUCCAUCUGUCUCCAUGCUGCUAUGUUUGACGUGAGCACAGCACAAGUGAAGGACGUCCAGAUUAUUUAAUAAUUUAAUUCUUUUUUCCAUCCUUUGCAUUUCCUUUCCCUUUACUUUGGUUGCAUCUACACAUUUUUUGUGUGUUUUGGAUCUGCUUUCUCCUUUCAUGUGUUCGUUUCCUUCUUUCUUCACAGCAUUGACACAAGUGAUUUAGUCAAUCUAAAUCUUCCCUGAUUGUGUUUGACCUCGUUAGGGUGUCAAUGAUCCCAGAUGGUUGACCAAACUCAGCAAGUUAUUAAAUUAUUCACCAAAUGAUCUCAGCAAGGAAUUUAUUAUGAGAAAACUGGUUUUGCUCAUUAUGAUUGGUUUUUGGUUUGGUUUAUUUAUUAUCAUUAAAUAUGAAGGGUCAUAAUUUGUUAUAGCUACACUGGUAGUGCUGGUUUCUGCACAUAUGUGGGAAUGCAUGCAGACAAAAGGAUGAUUUAUGUGUUUACACAUUUAGCCUCUUCCUUUGUUUUUCCACAUUCUUCCCAUUCCCAUCCUGUCACUGGGUCACCUCCAGUAGCAUCCUGGUAUUUUUAUGUGCUGUUUGCAGAAAGACAUGCUAAGCUAACGUUGAUUCUGUUGCUCCUCAACACCACAUUUUCCCCCUUUCCUGUAAGUGACCCCUUUGAUUCAUUCAUCCCCCGUCUCACAGUUUAUCUCCCUCCAAUUGUUUGUCUCCCUCACACAUAAAGGUGCCGGCAUUUUCACGGUGGAGCUCCAGGCAACGCUCAGCAACAGGGUCCAGCUUAACGGGAGAGAGAGAGGCAAUAAAAAUAAAUAAAUGAGAAAAGUCCAUUUAAAAGAGAGCGUAGUUACCGUGGUAACACCCUCCCUCCACCUCCCUUCUCAGUCCCUCCCUCUCCCUUUCUCCUCCCUCCACCUCUGUGGUGGUGAUGCUCGUGUCUCUUUUCUCUCUAUCCGGUUUGUCCUCACCUCUCCUGGACACGCUCCUCUCACACUGUCAGCGGAUGACACGCGGAGGAGAAAGAGAAGUAGGAGGUGGAGGAGGAGGAGGAAGAGAGGAAAAAGGAUACAAGGAGAACCUGCUGCCUCUUCUCUCCCAUCGCUCCAUCACUUUGAAAUAAAAAGAGAAAGAAAACAGACCAGAGCAGAGCAACAACCUCAAGAGAGGACACACAGGAUAUACAAAUACAGUUACAUAAAAGAACCCCUACUCUUCCCCAUUCUCCUUUUCAAGGAGGGCAUUUUUCUUCCCUUUCCCCCCCUUUCCUUUUCUGCCCCGAUUUUUUCCUCUGAGAUCCCGGUUUGGUCCCCAGCAGUGCCCCCGAACUUCCCUGGGAUUUCAGGUGAGGUACGCGUGUGUAGUGUGUGGUGCGUUUUCCUUUUUUCUGCCACCUAUCAUGGCGCACGCGGCCUCCCAAUUGAAGAAGAAUCGGGGGGAAGUGGAUGUGAAUGCAUUAGAGGACGAGAAGGAGAAGCGGAGGAAGAGCAGGCGAGCAUCGUCCCGGGAACAAAAGAGAAAGUCUGACAGUAACGCCAGUUACCUGCGAGCUGCCCGGGCAGGGAACCUUGAAAAAGUCCUUGACUACCUCAAGUCUGGAGUUGAGAUUAACAUUUGCAAUCAGAAUGGCUUGAACGCUCUUCAUCUGGCCUCCAAAGAGGGGCAUGCAGAGGUUGUUGCUGAGUUGCUGAAGCUUGGAGCCACAGUAGAUGCAGCAACAAAGAAAGGAAACACUGCUCUGCACAUAGCCUCGCUAGCCGGCCAGACGGAAGUCGUCAAAGAGCUGGUCACAAAUGGAGCAAAUGUCAACGCACAAUCCCAGAAUGGCUUCACUCCUCUCUACAUGGCCGCCCAGGAGAAUCACCUGGAGGUUGUUCGGUUCCUUCUGGAGAACAGCGCCAGCCAGAGUAUUGCCACAGAGGAUGGCUUCACGCCGCUGGCGGUGGCCCUCCAGCAGGGCCAUGACCAGGUGGUCUCCCUGCUACUGGAGAACGAUACAAAGGGCAAGGUGCGUCUGCCUGCCCUGCACAUCGCUGCACGCAAGGACGACACCAAGGCCGCGGCCCUGCUCCUGCAGAACGACCACAACGCUGACGUUGAGUCCAAGAUGAUGGUGAAUAGAACAACAGAGAGCGGUUUUACGCCCCUCCACAUCGCAGCUCAUUAUGGCAACAUUAACGUGGCCACGCUGUUGUUGAACAGAGGGGCGGCUGUGGACUUCAUGGCUCGGAAUGACAUCACGCCGCUUCAUGUGGCAGCAAAAAGGGGCAACAGCAACAUGGUCAAGUUGCUGCUGGACAGAGGAUCCAAGAUUGAUGCAAAAACCAAGGAUGGUCUGACGCCUCUUCACUGUGGAGCGAGAAGCGGACACGAACAGGUGGUAGACAUCCUGCUGGACCGAGGAGCUCCCAUCUUGUCCAAGACCAAGAACGGCCUGUCUCCGCUGCACAUGGCCACUCAGGGGGACCACUUGAAUUGCGUCCAGCUCCUGCUUCAGCACGACGUGCCAGUGGAUGACGUCACCAACGAUUAUCUGACGGCGUUGCAUGUUGCUGCACACUGCGGUCACUACAAGGUGGCCAAGCUCAUCGUGGACAAGAAAGCCAACCCAAAUGCAAAGGCUCUGAACGGUUUCACUCCACUUCACAUUGCUUGCAAGAAGAACAGAGUAAAAGUGAUGGAGCUUCUGCUGAAACAUGGAGCGUCUAUCCAGGCUGUCACUGAGUCUGGCCUGACGCCUAUCCAUGUGGCGGCUUUCAUGGGCCAUGAGAACAUUGUUCACGUACUCACACGACAUGGAGCAUCACCCAAUACCACCAAUGUUCGAGGAGAGACAGCUCUCCACAUGGCAGCCAGGGCAGGCCAGGCAGAUGUUGUUCGAUACCUGCUGAAGAAUGGUGCCAAGGUGGACACCAAGUCCAAGGAUGACCAAACAGCUUUGCACAUCUCUAGUCGGCUGGGAAAAGUUGACAUCGUCCAGCAGCUGCUGCUGUGUGGUUCCUCUGCCAAUGCUGCCACCACCUCAGGCUACACCCCCUUGCAUCUGGCUGCCAGAGAAGGACAUCAAGAUGUUGCUUCCAUGCUGCUGGAGAACGGAGCCUCACUUUCAUCCUCCACCAAGCAGAAAGGCUUCACUCCACUGCACGUGGCUGCAAAGUAUGGCAAGUUGGAGGUAGCCAGUUUGCUCCUGCAGAAGAAAGCUCCGCCCGACGCUGCUGGAAAAAGUGGGCUAACUCCACUGCAUGUAGCCGCCCACUACGAUAAUCAGAGAGUGGCGCUGCUGCUGCUGGAUCAGGGAGCUUCCCCUCACGCUGCCGCCAAGAACGGCUACACGCCUCUCCACAUAGCUGCCAAAAAGAACCAAAUGGACAUCGGGACCACACUGCUGGAGUACGGCGCCGACACCAAUGCAGUGACGCGGCAGGGCAUCAGUCCUAUUCACCUGGCAGCGCAGGAGGGCAGCGUGGACCUGGUGUCCCUGCUGCUCACCAAGAAUGCGAACGUCAAUGUGUGCAAUAAGAGCGGUCUCACGCCGCUGCACUUAGCAGCUCAGGAAGACAAGGUCAAUGUUGCAGAAGUUCUUCUCAACCACGGGGCCGACGUUAAUCCACAAACGAAGAUGGGUUACACUCCACUGCAUGUAGCGUGUCACUACGGCAAUGGGAAGAUGGCAAACUUUCUGCUGCAGAACCAUGCCAAAAUCGACGCCAAAACCAAGAAUGGGUACACUCCAUUACACCAGGCAGCUCAGCAGGGCCACACCCACAUCAUCAACCUGCUGCUUCAACACGGCGCCUCGACCAACGACCUCACCCUGAAUGGGAACACUGCCCUGUCCAUCGCACGCCGUCUGGGGUACAUAUCUGUUGUGGACACUCUGAGACCCACGACGGAUGAAAACCUUACUGCCAUGAGUACGUCAGAAAAACACAAAAUCAACGUCCCGGAGACCAUGAAUGAGUUCCUCGACUUGUCAGACGACGAAGGUGAAGAUGCGAUGACAGGAGACACUGACAAAUACCUGCGGCCUCAGGACUUCAAAGAGCUGGGGGACGACUCCCUCCCUCAGGAGGGCUACCAAGGUUUCAGCCUAGGGGUGCGCUCAGCCAGCCUCCGAUCAUUCAGUUCGGAUAGGUCCAACACGCUCAACCGGAGCUCCUUUGCAAGAGACAGCAUGAUGAUUGAGGAGAUCCUGGCUCCUACCAAAGACACGCUUCAGAGUGUCUGUAAAGACAUUUCCUACCUGGUUGACCCUCUCAAUAAGCACCUCGCUGUGACCAGAGACUACAGUUCGGAGUGUAUGCGGCGCUACAGCUGGACCCCGGACACCAUGGAUAACAGCCACACUGUGUCCAGCCCCAUCCACUCUGGCUUCUCCUCCCCGCUCCCUCAGUAUGACUCCAGGUUUUUGGUCAGCUUCAUGGUAGAUGCCCGCGGUGGUUCUAUGAGAGGCAGCCGCCACAACGGCAUGCGCAUCAUCAUUCCCCCCAGGAAGUGCACGGCGCCCACACGCAUCACCUGUCGCUUGGUUAAAAGGCACAAAGUGGCCUACCCCCCACCUAUGGUUGAGGGAGAGGGGCUGGUCAGCCGGCUGGUGGAGGUCGGACCUGCUGGUGCUCAGUUCCUUGGUCCUGUGAUUGUGGAGAUUCCUCAUUUUGGUUCAAUGAGAGGGAAAGAGAGGGAGCUGAUUGUGCUGAGGAGUGAUAAUGGUGACGUGUGGAAGGAGCACCAAUGUGAUACCAGACCAGAAGAUCCAACUGAACUGCUCGCUGGGAUGGAUGAAGAAAUGGAUAGUCCUGAGGAGUUGGAGAAGAAGCGCAUUUGCCGCAUCGUCACCAGAGAUUUCCCGCAGUACUUUGCUGUGGUGUCCAGGAUCAAGCAGGAAUCUAACCACAUUGGUCCUGAUGGAGGCAUCUUGACCUGCAACAAUGUGCCCAUGGUCCAGGCCUCCUUCCCACAGGGAGCGCUCACCAAGAGGAUCCGUGUUGGUCUGCAGGCCCAGCCUGUGCCAGACGACAUGGCGAGGGCAGUUCUGGGAAACAGAGCCACCUUCAGCCCCAUCGUCACCGUCGAGCCUAGGAGGAGAAAGUUCCACAAGCCGAUCACGAUGACGAUCCCUGUUCCGCCUAGAUCGGCAGAAGGACAUCCCAGCGGCCUGCGAGGCGAUGCAGCACCAUGCCUCCGUCUGCUCUGCAGUAUCACGGGAGGAACGUCCCCCGCACAGUGGGAGGACAUCACAGGAACCACGCCUCUGUCCUUUGUGACUGACUGCGUCUCCUUCACCACAAAUGUGUCGGCCAGGUUCUGGCUCGCAGACUGUCACCAGAUUCCUGAGACGGUGAGUUUAGCGUCUCAGUUAUACCGGGAGCUGAUCUGCGUGCCGUACCUGGCCAAGUUUGUGGUGUUCGCCAAGAUGAAUGACGUCAUCGAGGCUCGGCUGCGCUGCUUCUGCAUGACGGACGACAAGGUGGACAAGACUCUGGAGCAGCAGGAGAACUUUGAGGAAGUGGCUCGGAGCAAAGAUAUCGAGGUUCUUGAGGGCAAGCCUAUUUUUGUGGACUGCUAUGGCAACCUUUCCCCUCUCACCAAAACUGGACAGCAGUUGAUUUUUAAUUUCUACUCUUUCAAGGAAAACCGACUUCCUUUUGAUGUGAAGAUCAGAGAUAUGGGCCAGGAGCCAUGUGGCCGUCUCUCCUUCCUGAGAGAGCCUAAAACCUUUAAAGGCCUUCCACAGACUGCCGUAUGCAAUUUGAAUAUCACACUGCCAACCCACAAGAAGGAUAUGGAGUCUGAUCCUGAUGAUGAGACUGAAAAACCAGAACGACGUCAUACCUUUGCCUCCUUAGCUUUGCGUAAGCGAUACAGCUAUCUGACUGACCCAGCAGCAAAAACAACUGAUCGAAGCCUGCCGAGAACACAGCCUUCUAGCUACCCUUGCAAACCUGUCUUUUCAACAAGAUCUUAUCAGGCGUGGUCGCCUGUUCCUGUCGCCAUCACUGGCCAAGCCAAAUCUGGGUUUGGCUCCCUCUCCAGUUCGUCAUCCAACACGCCUUCUGCCUCUCCACUAAAAUCUGUCUGGUCCAUCAACUCUGCCUCCCCCAUCAAGACAAACAUCCCUGGAUCACCUGCUUCCUCUAUAAAGUCAGCUAGUGACACAGCCUCACCCAUCAGAUCUUACAGAACCAUUUCCUCUCCUAUUAAAACUGUAAUUAGUCAACCUCAGUACCCUGUUCAGGUCUCCCCUAGUCCCCUGGCUUCUCCUGGUAAAAGUGUCCCAGACCCUUUGUCUAUGAAAGGACUAGUGGCUUUGUCUGCUAGGACCUCACCCAUUACUGCCUCUGGAGGAGGAAGCUCUCAUCUUGAGAGAACAUCUAUGGGCCUAACCCCACCAAGCUCUCCCAAAUCUUCUCUUAGUAUGUUCAACUCUCCUCUUCCAUUUAAAACCAUAUUGGGAAGUUCUGCCGGUACAACAGCUUCGUCCUCACCCAUAAAGACAGUCCCUGGUCUUUCUGCUGUGCGUUCCUUUGCUUCAGAUGCUACUUGUCCUGUAAGAAAUUUGUUUUCGUCCCUUUCAUCCCCGCUAAAAUCCAACAAUCCCGCAAAUGCUGCAGCUCUUAUCAAUGGAACUGUGUCAACUUCACAGUACCGCUCUUCCUCUCCAACACCUCUUCUAACCAGCAGCCUGCAAGAGAGAAUACAAGCAACCACCAAUGCUGCUACAACAAGUGUUAAUGCAGCCUUUGACGAGGUUGAAAAAACAUUAAACUCUUGCUCUGCAGGUUAUGGCACUCUCAAGUCAAUGUCCUCUUCUGCAUCCUCAUCAUAUCAGUCCAUUAGGUCAUCAGCUUCUGGUUCCCUUUACACUUCCCUAAGAUCCCCUCCUAAUGCCACCACUGCUGUAACAUCAAGUACAAUGACUGUUCCUGUGUAUUCGCUUAUUAAUGUGCUGCCAGAGCCCCAGUUUAGAAAGCUACCUGAGGUGUCCAAAUCAUCUGCUGCUCUUCUUUCACCAAGAAAAAUGAUUCCAUCUGAUGUGAAUGCUCAGUCCUCAUUUGCUAGAACUCUGUCUCCUAUUAAAGCACCCCAUUUUUCUCCUGGCAUUAAAUCCAACACUGCAUCACCCCUGUCAUCCAGCCAAGAGAUUCUGAAGGAUGUUGCUGAAAUGAAAGAAGACUUAAUACGUAUGUCAGCCAUUUUACAAACAGAUCCAAAUUCUUCAGUCAACAAAGGAUUCCAGUCACAUUCUCCCAAAGAGGCUAAGCUAGAGGAUGAGGAACCAUAUCGGAUUGUGGAGAAAGUCAAACAAGACUUAGUGAAAGUAAGUGAAAUAUUGACAAAAGAUGCUGGAAAGGAUGGAAGGACUUCCCCAGCAAGAGGACUACUUGAUGACAUACACUUCUCAAAAGUACAAGUUGAACAACCACCAAGCAACUGGAGCUAUCCUCCAAGAUACGAAACUGUGGUUUCUGAAGCCAGAUCGAAAGCAAUACCUGACAGAGAUUUCAAUCUUUCCAAAGUGGUUGACUACUUAGCCAGUGAUGUGUGCAACAGUUCUUUUUCCAAAAUGCAUGAUAGCAAGUAUAAAAGUGAUGAGGGCAAAAAAGAGGGAGAGAGCAAGGAGAAACCGAAACGAGUCCUAAAACCAACUAUAGCAGUUCAGGAACACAAGCUCAAAAUGCCUCCAACAAGCAUGCGGCCUUCUCCUUCAGACAAAGAAAUCAGUAAAGUAGCAGAUGCACUUUUUGGAGGAGACACUGUUCCAGAAUCUCCAGAUGACAUUUCACACGAGCAGGAUAAAAGUCCACUCUCAGACAGUGGGUUUGAAACGAGGAGCGAGAGGACACCUUCUGCCCCUCAAAGUGCUGAAGGAUUGGGUCCCAAUGGCCUUUUUCAGGAUAUUCCAGUUCCACCAGUAAUCACUGAGACUAGAACUGAAGUAGUACAUGUCAUCAGGAGCUAUGAGCCAGAUGAUGACAAACAGCCUGCAAUGGAAGAUGCAAAUUCUGUCAGAAAUGUUGAUAAAGGACACCAGUCUCAAUCUCCAUCAACCCCGGAGCAGAAUAAAUGCUAUUCAGUAAAGGCUAGCCUUGAUGAAGAUCCAAUGGGAAAAGGGAUGAGGGUAAAGGAGGAAACUCACAUCACUACCACCACAAGAAUGGUGUACCACAAACCCACUGGCAAAGAAACACCAUCGGAGAGGUGCGAGGCAACAAUGUCAGUGCAGGACAUAAUGGAGGCUUUCCAAUCUGGAAAGGACCCAUCCAGAGAGCUGGCUGGACUGUUUGAACACAAGUCUAGUAAUGAGGAGGCAUCACAAAGGGUCCUCGAGGACAUCAACUCCAAACCUAAGGUUGAAAGAAUAAUUGAGGUUCACAUUGAAAAGGGCAACAAAGCAGAACCAACGGAAGUAAUUAUCAGAGAAACAAAAAACCAUGCAGAGAAAGAAAUGUAUUACUACCCAAUGAGUAGAAAUGAAGAUGAAGAGCCAGAGGAAUCCCUUCCAGUGUACAUUGAGUCCCCCAGAGUAAACACACCCAUGUCCCAGGAAGAAGACAGUCGUCCUAGUUCAGCUCAGCUUGUGGCAGAUGACUCAUAUAAAACAUUAAAGCUACUUAGCCAACAGUCUGUAGAGUAUCAUGAUGAUGGAUCAUCAGAGCUUAGGGGUGAAUCUUACAAUUUUGCUGAAAAAAUGCUACUUUCCAAAAAAUUGGAUCAGUCUCAUUCAGACACAGAGGAAUAUUUGAGAGAUAGGUCUCAGAUGCACUCACCAGACAGAGGAAGUCAAAGUAAGGGUAGGUCACUUGGGCCCAGAACAGAGUAUGUAUUUAGGUCAUCAAGAAAUGUUUUUGACAAAUCUGGACGGAUGGCCAAUGUUGAUGACAACUUUGACAAACUGACUCUUCUGCAGUAUUCCUCUGAGCCUGGCAGCCCAAAGCAGUCUGUUUGGAUGCGUGUGUCAGACGACACACAGGUUAAGGACAGAGAUCAAGUUGUGUAUGAGGACAGAGUGGAUAGGACUGUUAAAGAGGCAGAGGAGAAACUCAGUGAAGUAUCUCAGUUUUUUCGAGAUAGAACAGAACAGCUCAAUGAUGAGCUGUCUUCGCCAGAGAAGAAAUCUCGCAGACCAGACUUUAGAGAAUCACGAUCAGGGCCCAGUUCAACUCAGAGUAGCCCAGAGAGAUCCUACAGAAGUGGGGGUAGUGGGGAGGACUGGAACAGAGAAAGGCUUCGGGAUAGGUUUGGCUCCAGUGACAGAAAAUGUGCCAGUUUACCUAGUAGUCCAGAAAGGAGAGUAUUAUUGCAGUUCACUGAUGCAGACUCAAGACAACAAGGAAGUGGUAAAUCACAGGGAGGUGCAGGUGAUAACCCUAAACCUCUUCAAAUGUCUUCUUCUAAAGUUAGUGCAGUAAGGCAAAAGUUCGAGCAAGAGGCUCAAAGGCAAGAUCAAGGUUCUCAAGGUGGCCAAAAUUCUAACCCUCCAAUCAGAAAACUUCAAGAAACUAAACUGCCUGUUUAUCAGGUGUUUACCAGUUCUAGUAUACCAAAAACACCAGAUAGUCCAGGAAACCAAAGGAAAUGCUUAGAGAUUGAAUCUAAUAAGUUUUCACCCAAGCAUGAGGUUGGUGGAAAAGAUCAGGAAGAAAACAAGAUGUGCAAAACCUGGGAGAACCAAGGGUAUAGAUCCUGUAAACUUCCCAAAAAACUGAAUUCUUCAGCCAAUGAUACUACAAAAGAUUGUGAUAGUAACAAUAUCCAAAGACAAGAAACAACAAAAAAAAUAAUCUAUACAGAAAUUGUUGUCAGGGAAAGUCCAAAUAGUGACAAUAGUCUAAAAAAAAACUCGGAAUCGCAAAUUCCUGUAAGAAAAUCAUCUAAUUUCACUGAAAAUCACAAAACAACCACUUUAAAAUUAGAUGGUCCACAAGAAAAAUCUGGGUCUCAUACACCUACUUUAGAUAAAAAUCGGUUGCACAGCAGUUCUGAAUCCAGUAAGUCCAUUUGUGGAUCAUCAUUAGGACAAUCCACUAUUCCCUCAGAGACUAAUCAGACUACUGUGUUGUGUAACGGUGUUGAUGAUGACCAAGUAGAGUAUUUGGAUCAAGUAACUCCUGUAGUUAUCACUGAGGGUUUCAAAGAUAUUAAACCCUUACCUGUGUAUGUCAGCAUCCAGGUAGGAAAGCAGUAUGAGAAGGAAACAACCUCAGGGCAGCUGGGAACAUACAAGAAGAUAGUGAGUCAUGAGAGCAGAACAGUGCAUGAAACUAGAGGUGCAUUUUGCUCUGUCAAACAGAAGCAAUCCCCUUCUCAUGGAGGUCCAGAAGAUGACACUCUAGAACAAGUGACUUUCAUGGAUAGCUCUGGGAAAAGCCCUGUCACUCCCGAGACCCCCAGCUCAGAGGAAGUGAGCCUGACACCCAGAACUACAGACACUGUGAUAGGAUUCAUGACUGGCAUGCCAAGCCCGAUCCUAGAGGAGUCUGAAGAGGAAGAAGGGAAGACAUUUAUCUACAAAGAGCCCUCAAUGGAUAAAUCCAAGUCAACUCCUCCAGAGACUCGCAGUAAAAAGCAAGAUGGCGAAAGGGGAAAGCCGAAAGACAAAAGAGUUGCUUAUAUAGAGUUUCCACCUCCUCCACCUGUAGAAGCAGAGCAGGCCAGUGCUGAGAAAAGAGUGUCACGCACUUCUUCUAAAACAGAGACUGAAAUGAUGGAGGUAAACCUUCAAGAGGAACAUGACAGGCACUUCUUAGCGGAGCCUAUCAUCCGAGUUCAGCCGCCAUCCCCUAUUCCUCCAGGAGCUGAUAAUAGUGACUCCAGCGAUGAUGAGUCUGUCUUCCAUCCUAUCCCUGUCAAAAGAUACACCUUCAAAAUGAAGGAAGAUGGAGAGAAGCGUCCAAAACAUAAAAGGUCAGAGAAAAAUGGAAAUGCUAAGGAAUCUGGGGUUAAUGGUGUUGUAAAAGGAGAGGAUGCUGACUUUGACCAAAAUGGUAAUGACCAGUCAAUCACUGACUGCUCCAUAGCAACAACAGCUGAGUUCUCCCAUGACACAGAUGCCACUGAAAUUGACUCUUUAGAUGGGUAUGACCUUCAAGAUGAAGACGAUGGACUGAGCGAGGAUCCUAAAACAUCUAGUUUAUCUAAUGAUGGAAAACCAACUGACCGCUCAUUUAGUCAGUCUAAGCUUGAAGUAAUAGAAGAAGAGAAAUGUGAGGAAGGAGGAGAUAAUGGAAAGACUAAAGGCAGCACAGCUGCAGCAAAAGGUAGUGGAGAUGACAAAGACUAUACCCUCGAAGGAAGACAUCCUGAUAGGCAGGGCUUUGGAGAAAACUAUUUUGGAUACCAAAUUCAAGAGGAGCUGAAUACAACUUUUAAAACUGUUGCGACGAAAGGUCUAGACUUUGACCCUUGGUCCACAAAAGGGGUGGAUAAUGAAGGAGUUUUUGAGUCCAAAGCAAAAGAGGAGGACCCGAAGCCCUUCAGUUUAUCAGUGGAUGACAAAUCACAAGCUACAACACCUGACACAACCCCUGCUCGAACACCAACUGAUGAGAGCACACCGACUAGUGAGCCUAACCCCUUCCCUUUCCACGAAGGGAAGAUGUUUGAGAUGACCCGCAGUGGUGCUAUUGACAUGAGCAAGAGGGACUUUGUUGAAGAGAGGCUUCAAUUUUUCCAGAUUGGUGAGCAUUCCUCUGACCCUAAAACAGGAGAAAAGGGAAGAGGGGGAAAGAUCCUGGGGGUACUUUCCUCUCAGACAAUAACAGGGGAGAGAACCCCAGUAGAUGGGCAAGGGAAGGUUCUAGCUACUAGUGAUACUACCUUAGACAGCAGCACUACAUCAACAACACCAGCAGCAACUACAGCAAAAUGCAGCCCUGCACAGCCUGGCAGUGAAACUGGCUAUGCUGGUACUGAUAACCCUGCCUGUGAAGCCAUAGCUGAGACUGCCUCAUCAUGUACAAUCACAGCCUCUAAGGUUGAUUCCAAAUUACGAACUCCUAUUAAGAUGGGCAUUGCAGCCUCUAUUACUGUGAAAAAAGACUCAGGGGAUCUCACCGAUUGUAAAGCUGAAAUAUCAGAGGGUCAGAUGGUGCCAGAAUACAUAAGUAUAGAGGGCCAAUGUACAGAGAAACACCCAAACAGACAUGCUGAGCCCAGACAAGAAAAGAGAGACUACCCUUCUGAAAACAGCAACAACAACAAUAACCUUGAGUCCUCCAGUGUUCAGGCCAACUUUAUUCAGUGUGGUAGUGUGGUAUUUAAUUUGCAGUCCUCCUCUGAACCCAUCCUUCAGAAAGCUAGCAGGAUAGAAACAUUGUGCUGUAGGGAGAAAGAAGAGAGAGUGGAAGUUCACAACAGCAGUCAGGUGCAGAAAAAUGAAACAUUUAAGGAAAGUGAGGUGAAGCAGCCCAAGUCCAGGCUUCCAAUAAAAGCAUCAGGGUGGUCAUUCCAUACACAAGGAACAGCCAUCGGCAAACAGAAGCCCAAAGAAGCAGUAACAGUUGAGGUCAGGAAGAGAGGAGAACCAGCCAUAGCUAAAGUAGAGCCUCGAUCAAGGAUACCAGUCAAAGAUGUUAAAAAGAGUAGUCCUGCUGCCACAGCUAGCUCACCUGUUUCAGAGCGAAUUAGCUCACAGCCAGUUAAAAAGCUCAACACCCAGAGAGCAGCUAUCCAGUUGCCUACGAGGUUACCUCUUAAGGAUAGGCACCAGUCCAGCAGCAUCACAAGUGAGGGAGCAUCCAGACAGAUCAGGCAGGAUAAUGCUAGUGAGCUUUGUAAGCGCACCAUCGAAUACUUUAAGGACAUUAGCGGGGAGACGCUAAAGUUGGUGGACCGCCUGUCAGACGAGGAGAAAAAGACGCAGACAGAGCAGUCGGAGGAAGACAGCACCUCCCGAAGCACCUCUCUGUCGGACGCCUCCCAGCCUUCCCAGCCCUCCCAGCCCUCCCGCUCAUCCAGGUCUGGUAGAGGUUUGAGGGCUGAGGCCGGGGCCGCGUCCGUAAGGGCAAAGGUGGCGACGACGGACAGGGCUUCCGGCAGUGAGAGGAUCAGGAGGAGUAGGCGGACUGGUGGGAAGGAGGGCAGUCAGGGACUCACAGGGUCUCGAACACCUCCCAUCGCGGAGAUCAAGCCUAGCCCCCAAAGUCCUUGUGAACGAACAGACUUGCGCAUGGCCAUUGUUGCAGAUCACUUGGGACUCAGUUGGACAGAGCUGGCUCGAGAGAUGAAUUUCACUGUGGAUGAGAUCAACCACAUUAGACUCGAGAACCCAAACUCCCUGACAGCUCAGAGCUUCAUGCUUCUUAAGAAAUGGGUUGGUCGGGAAGGGAAAAAUGCCACAACGGAUGCCUUAUCUACAGUGCUGACCAAAGUCAAUCGGAUGGAUAUUGUGACUUUAUUGGAGGGUCCAAUAUUUGACUAUGGUAACAUUUCAGGCACGAGAUGUUUUGCCGAUGAUAACGCUGUUUUCCGGGAUCAGGCUGAUGAUUAUCACAGCAUUCUAGCGGAACUGCAGUCCCCUGCCGCUCUUCAGUCCAACCCCUACUUCCUGGAGCCUGAACUCCCUGUCACCCCCAACCCUUCCCUUGCUCACCAUCAACAGCACCAUUACCCAGAACCAGACACCUCCCACCACACGGGCACCCAGCCUCAGCCCCCACCUUGGAGUCCAGAGGUAGACCUUUGUAGCAAAGAACCCGACAGUCCCCCAAAGAGUCCCCCCAGACCCUGUGAGCUUGCCCUGUGUCUCCCUGCCUUUGAUCUUCCUGACCCCGAUCCUUCUAAGGUCAGAAAGCCCCACAUUGCGCUGAACGACCAGCUGCUUUUGAGUGAAGAGGAGGACAAAUCGUUUCACGAGGUCACCUUCAAGCCCAGAUCGCCGACCUUCCCAGUGAUGUGUGAAUUUGAAGUUGACAUGGCGUUCUCUACAUCUUCCCCUUCAUUGUCCUCAGUUUCAUCAGUAACUCCAUCGUCCCCUGACAGAGUACGAUUAGGAGAUGGAGAACGGGCGGUAGCCACAAAUCAGUCACGAGAGGAUGCAGGUUUGAAAGCGGUGGAAAUGGAAGUGAGAGAAGACAUGGAGAAGGUUGUUGAGAGGGUCACAGCACAGUUAGCUGAGGAAAACAGAUUAGUGGAAAAGUUGUUAGAAAGGGAAUUGAUUAAAAAAGUGGAAAGAAAGUGUGAGAUGGUUACCAAAGACAGGUCCUCGAUGGCUGAUGGAAAUAUCCUUUUGGUGGAACAGAAGUGGUCCGUUGACCAGGAAACAGAUGAAACAAAUGAGCAGCAUGACCUCAUUCAAGAUGGGCGACAGGGGGAAGGUUUUGAGAUGGAGAGGAUUGGAGAUGGAGAGAAUGUCUCAAAAGAAAACUGUCUAACUGAAGCAGAGCAUGAGGUGGAAAAAGGUGCAGUAGAGGCAGAGUCCAUCAAAAAAGGUAUUGAUCCAGCAUCUGAGAUUCAAAAAGUUGAUGAGGACUGUGAGGACAUAAUCCUAGAGAAGGACAGAGCAAAUGACACACAUGGAGAUGAUAAUCUGGCACCAGAGGACCAGACUGUGUCUGACCUCUCCCCUCAGGCCUGGGCUGAAGCACUUCAACAAAGGCAACCCAGUGAGUCUGGAUCCACUGAGGAGGAAGUGGAGGAGAGAAGCAGCAAAAUUCAAGAAGAGACAUUUGGAUCUUUGUUAGAGGAGACUAAAGAAGAAGGCUCAGAGGAGGAGGAGGAGAUUACUAAAGCCAGGGAUCAUGGAGAGCCUGAUCGUGUAGACAAAAACAUGCGUUCACUUUCAGGUUGGCACAGCGAUUCGUCCAGUGUCAAUGUGGAACCUCCAACGCCAGGCCGCAGCGUCAGCUCCGACCUGCUCGACAAACAGGAAAGCCAGGAAAACUCCAGUGACUCCAUCACUUCCUCGUCUCGGGGUGAAUCAGGGAGGUCUCGACAGAAUGGCAAUAAUUCAAAGCACUCACCUCAGGACGUCUCAUCAGAAUCAUCGACUAGCAGGAAGGAUGGAACUCUGGUGUCAGAGAAAAGAGUUCAGCGAGUUAGUGUAGAGUGUGGUUCAGAGGAGGAAGAGACUGUAACCACCAGAAUCUUCAGACGUCGUCUCAUUUUAAAGGGGGAAGAAGCAAAAAAUGUCCCAGGCGAGUCUAUGACAGAGGAACACUACAUGGACCAAGAUGGGAACCUCGUCAGUAGAAAAGUGAUCAGAAAGGUCAUUCGGCGGGUGUCAACUCCCACACCAGAAAACCAAGGCGAUGACAGGUGGCGCCGUGACCUUCAGCACUGCCCCCUUCUGCAGGAAUAUGAGUCAGAGCAGGCAGAAGGAGCAAGGAAAACCAGGCGGAAAGAUGACAGAAAAUCAGGGGAUAAGAAGCACCACUAAAUACGGAUGGGUUGGGUUUGUUGUAGCAGGAACCAAGUGAAACGUUUCCUGGAAACAAGUGUUCAGACCGACUGCAGAGCUCCAGGGUGAGAACAGAAGGCAGCAGUCCAGUCUGCAAAUUUCUGCUUCAAGCAAUUUUUUUUUAGAAGUGAGAGGAGUCAACCCUUCUGAUUUACGCAUGAGCAUGAGAAACUCACUCCUGAUUCAUUAAAGGUCAGAGAAGGCUCCUAACUCUUUGGCCAUGGUGGACCAGUGGACAGUAAUUCUGGUUCCUGUUGUUUGUUUGUUUUUUUGUGUGAAACAAUACGUGCCAUGGGUCCACUGAUGGUGCAAGAGCCUUCAGAGGAGCACCGUUCGUUGUAGAAAAAAAGACAACAAAAACUCCACACAGGCACGACUGUGACCAAAGAUGGCACAAGAGCUCAAUGCACAUGAAAGGGUUAAAAGAAGGAAGCAGAAACAACACACACAACAAAAAUCAAGUGGAUCACUUCUGACCCAACUUCAACACUCGCCUUAUAGUUUUUUCUCAGACCCCGUUAUUGUCCGGAUGUAAAUUGUUUGGGGAAUUUUUUUCCUUUCUUUUUAAAACUAACAAAAGCUUUUUUCUCUGUAUACAAAAGGGCCGUGUGUAUAAAUCUUUUAAAAAAUGGGGUGGGGAAGUUAGGGAUGAGAAUGCACUGAAUGACCUUUUCAAGUGCUUUCUUAAUCUACCAAUACAGUUUGACUUUUAAAAGAUUUGAGUGUAACUUCACAACUUCUUGUACAAUUAAUUAUUAGACCAGGUAAAAUGUUUGUACGUGGAAAAAAUAACGGUUGAUUUUAGCAGAAAAAAUUUCCAGAAAAAUUGUGGGAACUGAAAUAAUCCUGCAAAAAAAAAAAAAAAAGAACAAAUGCAGCCCUUCAGAGGUACUCAUAUUUUCAUGCAUGCUGGUCACAUUAUUUUAGGUACAAUUUUUACAAGUUUGCAAACACUGUAUUCAAGUGACAAAUAAACCCCUUUAUCUCUGUACACAACUAUCCCGAACGUUUGUCACCAAUUUUGUAUUUUAAACCGAUAAAAGAUGCCAUUAUUUCAUUUUUAUGCCAGGUUUGGGAUGAAUAAAAAGUUCUAUAGCUUCUUGAGAUGUAAUGUCUUGUCUGUCUGUGUUAAAACUGGAGGGCAGCUUCUGCUGAGGACGAAUGAUGUGAAUGUAAGUGCUUGCAAGCUGGCUCUCUGUGAAACUACUUGUACUGUGUGUAUUGGCUGUAAGGUGUAGAAGUCUCUGUACACUGUAAUCAUUUUAGCGUCAAUUUAGGUUUUUACUUCACAGCUGCUGUGGUGUUCAUGGAAAAUUGGGGCAUUUUACUUUAUUUAUUUAUUUUGAUUUUUGUGUGAAAUACUUCAUGAAUUAAAAACCUACUCAUAUUAAGGUCACAUAAAGACAUUGUUUGAUUGUAGCUCUAAAUAGCAUAAUGUAUGACAUGACACUGGAUGGAGGAAGAGAAUAAUUUAAGCAUUAAAUAAAUUGUUUAACUCUGAAACGGUGUGAUCUUUUGAGGGUCUGUAUAUGCAGUGUCAAAUAGAAUUAUUCUCACAGAAAACAUUUAAACUUUACAUUAGGACUGAUCUUUGUAUUGGUUUUCAUUAGAGACCCAUGUAGUUCAUGUAUGGUGUUUUACUGAUGCAAUGGCUCAGUACGCUGGUAUCUGCUGUGGACACAAACUAUGUAAUCUAUUUUUUUUUCUCUUGGGGUGGGUGAGGGGGUUUAACAGAAAGUCAGGUAGGGUGCAGAAUCAUAUCCCCUUCUAUGUCAAUCGGGGGUAGAGGAUUUUUUUUAUAUGGUUGAAAACUCAAUUUUUUUGUCAAUUUAGUUUCUGUGUUUUCACCUGAGCAGAUUUUUUGAUGUACAAUUCUUACUAACAGAGUGAAGCCAUUGAAAUGUACCUAUUCUAGCACUUUGGUUAUUCAAGGUCUUUUAGAGGCUUUAGCAGCAAUGAUGCCACAACAGAUGUUUCAGAUGUCUUUAAACAAAUAAACAUAAAAAUGAAAAAAAAAAUGCAAUAAAAUACAAAUGCAAUGACUUCGCA